AUUAGAGAGAGAAAAAGGAAUUAACGUGAGGAGAGAGAGAGAGGGUCCCAUGAGGCAUAAGCACGCAGCUCUAACGAAUCCCAACCCAUUUCCCAUCUAACCCUAAACCAAAGCUCUUUCCUUUCUUCUUCUUCUCUUCCAAAUCUUCAACAAUUCGGAUCCUUUGUAUGCAUUUUGUACCAACUCCCUAAACUCCAUGGAUGCCCACUCCCUUCCUCCUCCCUUCCACACUCGAGAUUUCCAUCUCCAGACUCCGUUUCACCAUAACAACAACAACCACAACAACAACAAUUCCGAAGAGGAACAUAGCGCCACCACCAGCCGUCUCAAGCGUGAUCGCGACGACGACCAUCACCCCAACAACUCCGCCCCCAACAGUGGUGGAGAUCCCGACGGAGAAAUCACGCGUCGCCCUAGAGGCAGACCUGCUGGAUCCAAAAACAAACCCAAACCCCCCAUUAUCAUUACUCGCGACAGUGCCAACGCCCUUCGGACCCAUGUCAUCGAGGUCACCGAUGGCUGCGACAUCGUCGACAGUGUUGCUACCUUCGCUCGCCGCCGACAGCGCGGCGUUUGUAUCAUGAGCGGUACCGGCACCGUUACCAACGUCACUCUCCGCCAACCCGCAUCCCCCGGUGCAAUUGUCAACUUACACGGUCGUUUCGAGAUCUUGUCCCUUGCCGGGUCUUUCCUCCCUCCUCCAGCUCCUCCUGCCGCUACCACCUUGACCAUUUACCUCGCCGGCGGCCAGGGCCAAGUCGUCGGCGGUAGCGUCGUGGGUACUUUAAUCGCUUCCGGCCCUGUCGUCAUCAUGGCUGCCUCGUUUAGUAACGCCGCUUAUGAACGGCUCCCGUUGGAGGAGGACGACCAGCCGCCACUUCCGUCGAUGCAGGGCGGCGGCGGAAUUGGGUCUCCCGAUGAAAUUGGACAGCCCCAACAACAGCAGCAACUCGUCGGCGACGGAAAUGGGCCGUUGUUUCAAGGUUUGCCUCCGAAUCUGCUAAAUUCAAUUCAAAUGCCACCAUCGGAAGCAGCUUAUUGGGCAAAUUCGCGUCCUCCGUACUAACCCACAAAAAAAAAAAAAAA